AUGAAGAAUUAUCCAUAUCGUCUACAACUUUAUGAUCAAAUGGAUUCUAUCAAAAUUCAUCAUUCCAUAAAAAAAUGUUCAAUUGUGUCUGCUAAAGAUGAAAGUGAUAUUGGCGAAUUUGCUCGUUUGUCUCGAUGUUUUCCAAAAAUUCAACAUCUCAUAAUGCAAUGGCCACGUUCAAUUUCCCCACCUCAAUUUCAAGGCAUUGCUCAACCACUUAUGCAUUGUAGGUUUCUUGCGACGUGUUCAACAACAUCAGGAGGACUUUUUUCACGCAUGUUACCAUUUUUACCAAAACUUCGUGUGAUAGAAUUAUGGGGUGGCAUCGAUCAAUUAACAGCUUUGGCUACAUUUCAAUCGUCCACACUCGUUCGUCUGAAUGUUUUCAGUUGGAUUGAUGCGAGUAUCGAUUUUUUGGAUGAAACUUACUUUCCAUCGCUACAGUUCUUAUUCAUCAUUCUUUUCAACGAAGCGGCUAGCGAUGAAAUUUUACGUAUAGAACGAACAAUAGAACAAAGUUUUACUCAUUUGCCAAAUUUAAUCAGUCUUCAUUAUUAUAGUUUCAAGACAAAUUAUGAUUUCACUCACAUCAGUAAACCAAAUCAAUACUCGUCCUUUUAUAGUGUUCAUAUAGAAAACAAUCGAAUAAUUGUUUGGAAAUAA